AUGGAUGAUCCUCUAAAAAUUGCUGCGGCUGCUGCAGAAGAACGACGAUUAUUGGAUGCUGGAAUUGCUGCUGAAGCAACCAGAGCACCCCCACGGGAGUUAACGGCUCGUCGCGUCUCUCACGAAAACCAUACAAGAUGGCAACCGUCUCUUACGUAUGCUGAAAAAAUUGGCAAGCUUAUUGAGGGCGGAUUUGUUCGGCGAUCGUCCCUGCAAAAGGUGCCACCCUCUACGGCCUCCAUCUGUGGACAAUUUGGCAUUCCUAACCAUUUAGCAAUGCUACAAGAUGAAGACCGAGUCAGAUUCUACAAACAGGCGAUUCUCUGGAAGAUGCCCACAACGCUGGAGGAGCAGGAGCAAAAAAAGCACUUGCAAGGGGAAGAGCUACACGAGAGUCUUCGAGAGUUGCCCAACUCGAAAGCACAGCAGCAGCACCAGCCGCAGCGACUCCAGCAAAAGCUCCAAAGUCAUGUUACUGGACUUCGCAUUUUGGAAAUCGGCUGCGGUCCCCUGGCGCUUUUAUCUCUUCUUGCUGUGCAGCAAGGCGCUGCCCAAGUCGAUGCUUUGGAACUUAACUCCGGGGUUUAUCACUUUGCGAGCACAUUCGUACAACAAAUAGGCGUAAAUGCCUCUCGCCCUUGUCAAGCUGGAGUAGAAGAAUCAGAGUUGCAGCGGCUCCGUGUCUUCAGAUGUUACUCAAAGUUGUUUCCCGUAGCAGCGCGGCAAAUUUCUGUUGAAACCACCACCGAGGCAUUGCAUGGCCAUAGCAGACUCCCACACCUAGUAGAGGAAUCAUCGGCUACUAAUCGUGAAGCGGCCGCUUCUUCUGUCGGAGAAUCCUCUUGCACAAUGGAAAACAAGGGGUUAAUUAAGACUGCAGCGCCUUUGGGUGUUGAAGAUACGGGCGCAUGCGAAUGCCCGAUGUAUUCAUCAAAGGGCCAUGCGGUUGCCUCUACGAAGUGUGUCUCCAAAGCAUCUCCAUCCCAUGUAGUUGUUUCUCUGUCAUGCGCACCGGCUUCUCACCCGCACUACAAUACUCAAGACUCGGCGACGGAGCUGGUAGCAGAAGGCAUAGGUUCCUUGGCAGUUGUUCCACGCUGUGCUACGCGACGUCUCCGGUCGAGCCAGCAAGGUCGAAUGAAACGGGCUGUUAAGCGCAUCCGAGCGUCUCCCAGUAGGACCGACAGUGGCUGCACCGGAGAAUGCGGCUGCCAUAGGAGUAAACCUAUGGAAGGAGCAGCUGACGUCAUCAGGGAUAUCCAGGAGCGGAGUGCAACUAUUCCCCAAAGCAUUCCGUUCGCUGCAAGGACUUUCGUUGGCGUAUCCGAACUGCCUUCUCCCUGCUGCAUCAAGUGCCCAGCCAGCGAGCAUCCCGAACGUAGCGUUCUUUCCCCUCGGGAACGUCUGAUGCAGUCGGUAGGACUGCGGUUCAGCGAGACCCUCUUGAGCAGCCAGCUCAAGGCAAUAGAGGAGUUGGCAUUUGAAGCCCGAAUGGAUACACAGAUGCUGCAACGGCGAACAUUUUUCUUUGACGUAGAGAGAGAGGGUCUUUUCGCAGGUUUUUUAGCGGCUAUUGAAAUCGAGAUUCGACCAGGUUUGUUUUUUGGCCCAAUUUACGAGGGGCAGUGCGACAGCUGGUAUACAAACGUGGUUCUUCUCGGAAGGGAAAUAUAUGUCUCCAAAGGAGACAAAAUUUUCCUAAAAACGGAGGCCAAUCUUACAAAUUUUCAAAGAGAGCAGCAAAUGAGCCUGACGGGGCGUCGCUGGGUAUCUGUGUCUCGGCCAUCUUACACGUUCAGUGGAGAAGUUCUACCACAAAACGGCUGUUCAGAGACCUUCGGACCCAUUGUCAUCGACUUUGAUGAACAGGCCUGCUGCGUCCAGCCCACGAACUGA